CUUUAGCUUCUUCAAUUCGAAAUUUAUGAACAGAGUGUGGGGGUUGUUUGUUAACUGGCGUUUUAUUUUUGAUGUUACUGUUCUUGUGGAAGCUGGAUCAAAUAUCUAAUUCAAAUUGUAUAUCUGAUUCUUGAUUCGAAAUCUCAUUUUCUGGGCGAUUGCUAUUUUGAUCAUUAAGUUAUUGAGUGGGUUUAUCAAAGCGUGCGUGCAGAAUGAAUAUCAGGUGUUUGAUUGAAGGAUUCAGAACAACCACAUGAUUUCAUUAAGGAAUUUGAUGGAAGAGAAACAGCUGGAUUUUAAUCAACCUCUUCUUUCUGUGAGACGUUUUACAUCUACAGAAACAUCAUCCGAGACUAAUGAAAAAUGUAGACCCGAACCCAAAAUUCCUCCUCUUCCUGUAUAUAAAUCAGAUUUGAAAUCUGGUCCGGUGAGGAUUCCUGGAACUGUUCCUUUUAUAUGGGAGCAAACUCCAGGUAAACCCAAGGAUGAAAGCAGUACGAAAACUCAGAUUUCCAAACGGCCUCCACUUGUCCCAAAACUCCCACCCGGAAGGGUCCAAAAAGUAAAUCAAGAAGUCCCUACUUCUGUAAGUGCUUCAUUAGAUGAAAAUGCAAGAGAAGCAGUUGAAGAGAUGACCAGUUGUAAGUCAGGAAAUGAUGAUGAAGAAGAAGAGGAAGAGGUUUACAAGGAUGCAAACGAUAGAUUUUCUCGAUCCGAAUCCUUCUUCUUGAAUUGUAGCAUUAGUGGAGUGAGUGGAUUGGAUGAUUCAGAAAUUAAAUCUUCAGGGGCAUCCUCCAUGGAUCCACAUACUCGUGAUUUCAUGAUGGACCGAUUUCUGCCUGCAGCAAAGGCAAUGGCAUCAGAAACACCUCCACAUACCAUUAGGAAACAAACUGUUAGUGUCGAGCGACCAAGGGAAAUAAAAUUGGUGACAAAUGGGGAUAGGGAGAGUCGGCCAAACCUGCAUGUUCAGACAAAACAUGUAAAAGAAAUAUUCAGGGAAGAAAGUGAUGAUGAAGAUGAUGAUUAUGAUGAGUCUGGAUAUGCUUCCACUCGGGGAUGUGGUUUUCUUCCUCGGUGUUGCUUAAAAGGUUCGUUUGUCCUGUUAAAUCCAGUGACUGGAAUGAGAAUGCAAGCCACUUCGGUGCGUAAAAUUCGUAAUAGCUCAAUUUGGAGUUCCAAGGAUGCUGUAAAUCAGAGACGAUCGAGUCAUGGUCAAAGAAUAACCAAGCAGCAUCUGGAAGAAAAUGCAAUGAAAUCCAGCAAAAACUAUGGCAGAAUUAAUAUUCAGGAGGGCGAUACAUUUUCUUUAUACAGGCAUUUGCAGAGUGAGGGCAUAUCCAACUACACAAAUGAACCUUCCCAAGCUGUUCAUGACAAUGUAAAUCCUUCUCUUGGUUACACUGAAAAGGCUACCAAUUCUGCGACAAACGAAUAUGACAAACCACGUAGAAAAAGCCUAAAUAGCUUUCAAGCAUUACUGAGUGACGAGUCAGGUUCAGCUAGUCCUGUUGAGAAAACUCUCUACAUAGAUUCUGUUCAUAAGAUUAAAUCUCCACAUUCAAGUUCAAAUUCUUAUAUGAAAGGAAUAAGUUACGGUGGAGAUAUGAUUGAUGAUGAUUUUAUACAAAGCACCGAAAUGAAAGAACUGUGUACACUGGAUUCUGCAACCCUAGAUGUCAAGAAUCUGAAUGCUGUAGGUGAAAAAAACAUUCUGAGACCUGGCAGUUUGAAAUCUGUGGAUUCCUGCUUGCACACUUGCUCGGAUAAAUCAUUGUUCGAUGUAAAAAUGGAUUCCAAUUACUCCAGGUUCAAACCAGAACAUGCUCAGGAUGCUUCAAAGUUGACAAGCUCACGAUAUGCUAACAACAAGAAGUUUGAUCUGGAAAACCAAUUUCCCUUAAAACCAAGCAGCCGAGGCGAUUCCAAUGGUCUUGCUAAAGAUAACACUACAUUGUACAGGAAACAACCUGAGAAGUCAAGUUACGAAGGGAAUGACAUAGUUGUUCCAGAAUUUGGUAAGAAGCAGGAGUUGGAUGGUGAAAAACUUGGUCCUGUUGAUGACUCCCCUGAUGUGAGAACUUCUGAAGGUGCUACCAACGGAAAGAAGGAUUCAAGAAAUCAAUUUCUCAAGAGGGUAGGUAAUGAAGAUGGUUCUCACAAUGGCUACUCACGGUCACGGCUGCCUUUUGCUCCACCACCACCAAAAUCUCCAUCAGAAUCUUGGCUGAAACGUACUCUGCCAACUUCUUCAAAAAACACUUCAUUUUUGCAGUCUUCUUUUGCAAUGCGAGUUAACCCUGUUUCCAUGGCGGCAUCUCCCGAUUGCAAGAUACACUCUACUGUCAAAAGUUCCAAUAUAAACCAUCCGCAUCUGCAGUUUUCAAAGGAACUGCUGUCAUCUAUACCUGAAGUUUAGAAUAAUGGAAGAUCUCCAAAUUUCACUUGGCUGUGAGUUUGCUUUACUCCCAACCGGGUUUGAUCGGUUUUAAGGUUCCUGAAGAUAUCAUCCUCACUUGAGGCUUAUGUUUUUCUUUCUUUGCUUGUUUUAGAACCAGUGUAAAAAAUUACUGUAAAUGGGAAUUUGUAGGCAAAUCUGAUCAGUUGCAUGUUGUAAAUGUUACUCAUUUCUGUAAAGAAACAAUAAUGAUCCAUGAUUUAUAUAGAGUAUAAAGGAGCCAUAUAUUACUUUUACAGAUA